GCGCGAACGUUCGCGCCCGGCAACAUGGCGGACGGCAAGGAUCCUCUGAGACAGCUGAAGGAUCUGGCCCAGCUCAAGGACCAGCUGGAGGACAUCCAGAAGCGCUUUGAGACAGAGGUCCCCCAGGGCGGAAGUGUGCUCUCCUCUCCUGUCCUGAAGGGCUUCCUCGCCGGGUACGUAGUGGCCAAACUGCGCUCCUCUGCCUUCCUUGGGCUCCUGCUGGGCACCUGCACGGGGAUAUACGCAGCACAGAGCUACAAGGUCCCCAACAUCGAGAGGACCUUCAAAGACUACUUCAGCUCCAUCAAGAAAGGGCCCAAGUGAAAGGGUGGUCUUACAGGAGAGGAGGACUGACCUCGCUGUCACUGUCCGUGACACCAAAGCUGUCUCUCGCCGCUCCUCCUCUCUUCUUGUCUACUUAAUCCUGGAUGGUACUCUAUUAAUAUUGGUGUGGUUCUUGGUC